AUGGCAGAAGAGAGACAGGGCAGAAUACCAAAUGUUCAGGAUUUUGACAAUUGCUCAGUCUAUCUUAAGCGCGGUGACCAAUUUACAGCAUUCGAUUCUUCGCAAACACGUGAAGAAAACACAUCACAAGGUGGUUCAGUGCAGCAGUUCACAUCGUUACCCGAAGAACUGAAUUCUCGUUUCCGAAUACCACGUACUCAGAAUUC